AAUCCUUUUCUAGCGAAGGAAGUGGAAACAAAAAUUGUAAUUCUAACGACAGACAAGAAAAAUCGCUGAACACCUCCACUACAGUCGUUUACAGCCAUUUCCGCCUUCAAUUCCGGAACAAACCAACACAAAAUUAUAUUAAAAAAAUUAAAUGAAAGAAAAAAGGAAAAAGAAAAAGUACCACGAAUGGAUCAUUCCAUUUUGACGUACGGAAAAUUCACAAGUUGGCGGAGAUGAGAUUUGAUUGAACACAAGGAAAAAAACAGGGAGAGAGAAUUUACCCGACACCAUAUUGUGUUCAGGAAGAAAGCAAAAAAUGCAGCUGGCCAAACUUGACGAUUCUCCCAUGCUUCGCAACCAAAUUGAGUGCUUGGAGGAGAAUGCUGAGUCAUUGAAGGAAAGAACAAUGAAGUUCUACAAAGGCUGCCGAAAGUACGCAGAAGGACUUGGAGAGGGAUACAAUGGAGAUGUUGCUUUUGCAAACGCCCUUGAAGCCUUUGGAGGCUGCCAUAAUGAUCCUCUUAGUGUUGCUUUUGGGGGUGCUUUGAGAGAAAUUGGGACAUACAAGGAAACCCUUCGGGCAGAGGUAGAGCACGUUCUAACUGAUAGGUUGCUACACUUUGUUGAUGUUGAUCUGCAUGAUGUCAAGGAAGCCCGAAAACGUUUUGACAAGGCUAUCCCUAUGUAUGACCAGGCACGUGAGAAAUUUCUAUCAUUAAGGAAAAGUACUAGAAUGGAUAUAGCUCAAGCCACAGAGGAGGAACUUCACAAUGCAAGGUCCAUAUUUGAGCAAGCCCGGUUCAAUCUGGUCAGUGCUAUCUCUAAUGUCGAGGCAAAAAAGAGGUUUGAGUUUUUGGAGGCUGUCAGUGUAACAAUGGCUGCACAUCUUCGUUUCUUCAGACAGGGAUAUGAGCUAUUGAAUCAGAUGGAGCCUUAUAUUAACCAGGUCUUGGGUUAUGCACAACAGUCAAGGGAAAGUUCCAACUAUGAGCAAGCAUCUCUUAUUGAAAAAAUGCAAGACUACAUAAGGCAAAUUGAUUACAAAAGUAAACUGGCUCUAAAUGGAUCUUAUGCUUCUCCCAAUGAUGUUGGUAUGCAACCUUUCAAUAGAAAAUCGCAUAAAGAGAUAGAAGCAGUUAUGCAAUCUGCUGCAAAGGGAAAGGUUCAAACCAUUCGACAAGGAUAUCUUUCAAAACGUUCCUCAAAUUUGAGGGGUGACUGGAAGAGAAGGUUCUUUGUUCUUGAUAGCCGAGGCAUGUUGUACUACUAUCGCAAACAAUGGAACAGGUCAUUUGCAGGUGGGAGUCAACAUUCCAAUGAGCCUGGUUCUGGGCUGCUGAGUCGCUGGCUAUCUUCUCAUUACCAUGGUGGUGUACAUGAUGAGAAAUCUGUCACACAGCACACUGUGAACUUACUGACAGCAACAAUAAAGCUUGAUGCAGAUCAGUCAGAUUUGAGGUUCUGCUUCAGGAUCAUUUCACCAACAAAGAACUAUACUUUGCAGGCAGAGAAUGCACUGGAUCAAAUGGACUGGGUUGAAAAGAUAACUGGAGUAAUAGCUUCUUUGUUGAGUUCCGACGCACUUGAAAGGCGUCUCUCUGGUUCUUCAACUGGAAGCAGCGAUCAACAGCCUGCUAACCAAAGUUGUUCACCAGGAAGUUCAUCUCAUUUGGAUCAGACUGUAAUUGAAGAGCAUGCGUCUAAGAAUCUUACUUCUGGAAACUAUGCGCGUGCAUCUAGAAGUCUGCAACAGCGAAAAUGCAGUGGAAAAAAUGAGAAGCCAAUUGAUGUGUUGAGAAGAGUACGUGGGAAUGACAAAUGUGCUGAUUGUGGUGCACCUGAACCUGAUUGGGCAUCCUUAAAUCUGGGUGUUCUUAUCUGCAUCGAAUGCUCUGGCAUUCACCGUAAUCUUGGUGUGCAUAUAUCAAAGGUUAGAUCACUGGUACUUGAUGUAAAAGUGUGGGAACCUUCUGUUCUGACAUUGUUCCUGGCACUGGGUAAUAACUACGCAAAUUCAAUCUGGGAGGACUUGUUGAAUCCUGAUGAUACGCCUGUGGAUUCCCCGACAUCUGAUAAAUCCAAGCUGUCGCUUAUGAGCAAACCUGGUCAUGAUGAUCCUAUUUCAGUAAAGGAGAUUUUCAUUCAUGCAAAGUAUGCAGAAAAACGUUUUGUUCGCAAGAUAAAGGACAGUCAGCAUCUUCAUUCAAUUGCACAAAAAAUGUGCAGAAGUGUGCGUUAUAAUGACACGAAAGCAGUUUACCGCAAUAUUGUCAGUUCUGAAGUUGAUGUCAAUGCUAUCCAUGGGAAAGCAUCAUCUAACACGUUCUUAACUCUAGCUGAAGUAAUGAAGUUGCAAGAGCAGGUCAGCGUCGAUAAUAAAUUUGAUUUCUUAGUAGAUAGUUCUUUGGGUAAGGCGUCCUCAAGCUCUUCAGACAAACCCAGUACAACCGAAGAUCAGUCCAUGGAGGGGUGUCAUGAUGGUUGUUCGCUACUUCACCUUGCAUGCCAAGCUGCAGACAUUGGUAUGGUGGAGCUACUUCUACAGUAUGGAGCAGACAUAAAUGCUUCUGAUUCUAUGGGUCAGACCCCUCUGCAUCAUUGCAUCAUCAGAGGGAGAACUGCAAUUGCAAAAAUACUGCUGAAAAGGGGAGCUGAUCCACAAGCUGUAGACAAGGAAGGUAAAACCCCUCUUCGGCUCGUAGCUGAAUCAACCAUUGAUGACAGCGAGGUCCUAGCACUCUUAAAGCAAACAAACAGAUGACAUUCUGAACAAGGAUCACUGGAAAGGCCAACAAUAUCUGCAUUUUGAAGACGAUGCAAGAGCCUUGUAUUAUAUUUCAGAAAAUUGCAGCCAAUUCCUUGUCUCCUAUAAGUAAAUCCUCAUGCAGGCAGAUUAACUGAGUCAUGCACCCCUUUUCACCAUGGACCUUGAAAGCGUACAUAUCCAUGGAAGGCUCCAUUCUUCAGGACUCCAUGAAGCAAGGUGCUGUAUCUGUGUUCAUCCUUUCCCCAACUUUUUGAUUUGAUUUUUGUUCCUAUGAGGAUUCUUAGGAGGUUACAGUGUAUAAUAUCACAGCUCAACUCUAUCGCAUCCCCAACCCCAUGCUGCCCUUUUGCCAUUAGAGAUAAGGCCAGGAACCACCAUCUUCCCGUAUUUGCUAACCAUUUUGAUCCUGUGUUCCCAUGAAAGCAUGGUAUUCAGUAUUCACCUCUCAAGUUAGUCCGAAUUGACUUGGUUUUAAGCCAAGUUGUAACUCAACCUAUGUUUUUUGAACUUUUCACAAGAGAUGAAUCUAUGUAAAUUUAGAGAAAGCAUCAAUAAAAUGAAUACAAUAACGGUAGCCACUCAAAGAUUGAGAGUAGUUGAGUAUACUGACUGACAGACAAAGAAACUGGCAACUAAUCUUGUUGCUCCUAGUCAAGAAAUUCUGUGUUCGCUUUUCCUGAAGCUUCAUCAGCGUCACUCAAAAAACUUCAUAGCACCAGCAUUCACAUCAUGGAUGAAUUUCCUUUAAAAUUGUUUCUGAUUCUUCAACUCUACCUUGACAGGCGUUACUUUAAGAAGAGUAUAGGUAAUAGUAUUUGGUUUCAAACCCUCUCCAACCAUGAUCUCCAAAAUAUCCUUAGCUCGUUCGAGAGCUCCACAAAGGCACAGCCCAUUGAUUAUCACAAUGCAAGUGAACACUGUGGGUGUCAUGUUCCUUUUCUUCAUCUCAACCGUAUUAUGCUCUCGAUAAUAACCCUGAAUCAAUGAAUUAUAUGUCCAGGCGUCAAGUUUUAUGCCCAUUUCAAUCAUCUCCCUCAAGAGAUCUUUUGCCUUGUCUGUUUUACAGACCUUGCAUAGUCCACCAACAAGUGCAUUGUAUGUAACAUGAUUUACCCAAAUUCCAUGACCAACCAUGUCAUCCCUGAUUCUAAGAGCCUCUUCUACUUCACCUUGUUUCAUGAACCCAGAAAUCAAAGCAGUGUAGAUGACAGGGGCCAGGAGUUAAACCCAAGCUUAACAUCUCUGCCAAUGCCGCCUCUUUUAAUCUCUUCUGUUUGCAAAGCUCAUCAACAAGGAUGGUAUAACUAUAGCUAUCUGGGACCAACCCCUUCUCAGCCAUCAUCUUCUUUAGCUCAAAGGCUUCAUCAACACACCCAAAUCUGCAUAAACUUCCAAUAACCAGAUUACAUGUUACCGCACCAGGACUAUACCCCUUCAGCCCCAUUUCAAAGAGAACCCAACCUUCUGGCCUCCCCAACUUUCCCAACCUUACAGAGAGAUCUGAUUAAACUGGAGCAAGUAUAAACAUCAGGGAUUAUCUUAGCCUCUCUCAUUCCACCAUAAACCUUCCAACACACGGAAUGACAGCGCACCAAACUAGGCAAAAUGACAAAGAAGAACAGCUAGAAUUGCCAAGGAAUUCAAGCUUUGAGGGGUGCCCAUUUGAGAAUGGGACCAGCAGAAGAAACUGAGAAGGUGCUUGGGGUCACUCGCCUGGUUAUGGUAGAAAAGGGAUAGCAUCACAUCUGGGUUGAGUUUCUUGGUUAUGUCUAAGGACCCCAUGAGAAAUUCCAGUUGGGGUGUUUGAGAAUUGUUGAGAUUUCUUCAACUGCCUGGUCGUUUUGCUUGGUGGUUCGUCUAGCGCGGAAUUUAGCAGAUUUGAGGGAGAAAUUUCUUGUUUUUUGUGAUAACAUCUCGAUUUCCAUCUGUGAAUAAGAGCAGCUUGUGGGGUGAUAUUCGACCCACUGCGGAAUGUUAUGAAUCAUAAUAUGGUUCAUCAAAGGAAA